AUGCUUUUACGUACACUGAAAUCUAUUUGCCGCUCCCUGCAAUUGCCGUUUCUGGCAAUGAUUCGUCGGCUGGACUCAGGCAUUAACCGUCAUAGCCUCGCGUUCUUAUUGCUCGUUCGAUCGACAGCAGCUCUCACUUCCAGCUGCAUCGAUUAUUUAUAUCCGUCUGUUAGGUGUUGCACCCAGGAGCAGCCCCCUUUCGUCUCUGCCGCCCCCCUCCGCCCCACUGUGGCGUGCGCGCGUCACUCUGGGCGCGGCACAGCGCACUGCACGCAGUGCGCGCGCGACCUUGGCGCCAUGACGCGCAUGCAUCACUUCAGCAGGGCGGGGGCCAGCAGAGCAGGGGGGCCAGGAGGGGCGGGCGAGGACGCAUCAGCAGCGAGCAUGUCUCGGGCGCGCUCUGUGUUUCUCAACGCCGUGCUCUCAGAGCCCGAGGUGGUCGCCCUUAGAGAAGCAGAGCUGGAGAUGGCGGCAGCAGGCAAGGGGGCGGCGGCAGCAGCGGAGGAGGAGGCGCAGAGGGAGGUGGAGGAGGACGAUGCGCCGGGGCGCAUAGGCGAGGAGAAGCUGUUCAGCAACAUGAUGCACGACGAGUGGCUCGAAUACCUCUAUGAAGAGAUCCUCCUGCUCCGGAUCGAGCGGCAGAACGAGUUGCUGGCGAACCAGCAGCAGACGGCCAUCUCCCGCCGCGGAGGGAGCGAAGGGGGGCCUGCUGAGGGGGAGGACGCAGCGGGGGCAGGCAGGGGCGGGGGGGGGAAAGGAGUGGCUGGUGCCUCUGCCUUCUCCUUCGCCUCUGCCUCCACCCCCGCCAAAGCGGCAAUCGCAUCGAACCCCUCUGCACCGGUCCCGGCUCUGCUGCUCCACAGGCCCUCCCAGGCAGCGUCUGGGCCCUCUCACGCUGUGCCAGCCGCUGCUCCUUCUUCCACCAUCACUGACGCGCUCAGCACAGCACACCCCGCACACUCCCCCUCCUCCUCCCCUCUGCACCCGGCUGUGGCAGCAGCAGGCGGGGGCGCAGGCUUGGCUGGGGGGAGGGUAGCAGGGAGGGUUGGGGCGGUGGGGAUGCGGCGGCAGCGGCACAAGAGGGUGGCGACGAUAGGGUCGAGUGUGGAUCUGGCUGAUUUGAGGGAGGAGGCAGCACGGCUUGACCGGUCCAGUGGGGUGGAGGCAGCUAUGGUGGCUGCAGAGGCUGCUGUGUCGGGCGGCCGGCAGAUGAUGCGCAUGUGGGAGCGCAUGAGACGAAUCAUGCCCUCCGCUGGCGGAGUGGACGUGGAGGACCCUACCCAGUCUGCCUCCCCCGGAUCGCACCCACACCUGGACGACCAUGCUCCUGACGUCAGCACCCCGCAUCACCAUCACAAUCACCACCAUCACCAUCAUGCGCAGCAGCAGGCGGGGCAGGGGGAGCAGCAGGCUAUAGUGGUGGGGCCGGAGCUGCUGGCAGCGCUGGCCAAGGGGCAGGUGACGGGCGAGCAGCGCGCCAAGACAUGGCUCGCCAUCGCUUGUGCUGACCCCGAGGAUGAGAUCAUGAGUCGUCGCAACUACCGCAACCUGCUCAAGCAGCCAUCCGUCUCCGCCAAUGAGAUACAGCGGGAUGUGAACCGCACGUUUCCGCUGCACAGCAUGUUCCAGGAGGAGAAGGGCGCGGGGCAGAAGGCGCUCUUCAACGUCAUCAAAGCCUACUCCGUGUUGGACAAGGAGGUGGGGUACUGUCAGGGCAUGGGGUUCAUAGUGGCGACGCUGCUGCUGCUCAUGGGCGAGGAGGACGCCUUCUGCUGCCUCGUCUUCCUGCUCUACAAGUGCGGCCUGCGAGGGGUCUUCCUGCCAGACAUGCAGCAGUUGCAAGUGCGCAUGUACCAGCUGUCACAGCUACUCAUAGACGCACACCCGGAGGUGCACGCAUACUUUGAGGAGCUCGAUGUCAAACCCGUGAUGUAUGCGGCGGACUGGUUCCUGUCGCUCUUUGCGCGCACCAUGCCGCACUACAUUGUCUUCCGCGUCUUUGACAUCAUCUUUGCGGAUAAGACAACAGCCAUUGUCUUCAAGCUUGGCAUGGUGCUGCUGCAGGUGUGUGAGCGGCAGCUGCAGCAGUGUCCGGAGAUGGAAUACGCCAUGCACUUCCUGCGCGUCGAACUGCCCCUGCAACUCAAGGAAAUAUCGGAGGACUAUCUGGAGGAGCUAGUGAGCAAGGCCCUGCGCGUGCACCUGCCCUUUGACAGCCUGCUGCGACUCGAAGCUGAGUACGAGUUGUUGGCAGGGGAGGCAGCGGCAGCAGCGCGGCAUGUGAGGGCGGCAGCAGCAGCGAGUGAGGCGGCCGCACGGUCGCUGGAGUGCACGCGCAGGGACCUGGAGGUUCGCCUGCACCACGCCCUCAGGGCGCGCAAGCAAUCACAUGAGCUGGCUGCUGUGUUCAAGGCAGCUAUAGCAGGCCUGCAGCAGGGUGACCAAGAGAGUGGCACAUCGGAGCAGAGCACACAGCACAGCGGACAAAGGCAGGAGCAGGAGCACAGGGCCCUGAAUGGCCAUGAGCCUGAGACAGCUUCUGAGAUUGUGACAGCAGAUGCCGCAAAUUCUGCCACUGCAGCAGCAGCAGCUUCGGGUGCUCCUGGUGCUUCCACAGCACUGGCAGCGGCGGCCAUGGACCAAGCAGGGUUGAACAGUGAGAGCGAGACAAAAGGUGGAAGCAAGCGUGGCGGCAAGGUUGUGCGGGUGAGCAGCAGGAGCAGCAACGAGGGAGCGUUGGAUCUGGCAGUGCGGUACUUUGAAUGGAAGGAGUGGAGCGAGGUGGCGGGCAAUGCAGCAACCGUGGCAGUGCUGCGGCAGGUAGAGGAGGCGAGGCACGCGUGCCAUGAGACGCUCACGGCACUGGCAGCAGCUGAGAUGGCACUUGCAGAGAGGGCAGAGCAGGUGGCGCAGGAGGGGGAGCAAGAGCGUGUGGUGCAGGAGAUGGUGGUGGUGUUGGAGGAGGGUGAUGAGGGGGGCCAUGCUGACGAGUUCUUCUGA